AUGGGCCAUGUAAACCUUGUAUUUUUUAUGAUAUAUCCCUUUCUCUGUCAACUUGCUUUCUCCUCAUCCUUACCUCAUUUAUGCCCCAAAGAUCAAGCUCUUUCCCUUCUACAAUUUAAGCACAUGUUUACAAUAGAUCCUAAUGCUCCCGGUUAUCGUUUCGACAUAACAUACCACUUGAUUCAGUCAUAUCCAAAAACUCUUUCGUGGAACAAGAGCACAGAUUGUUGCUCUUGGGAUGGAGUUCAUUGUGACGAGAUGACAGGACAAGUGAUUGAGCUUAACCUCCGUUUCAGCAAACUUCAAGGCAAGUUUCAUUCCAAUAGUAGCCUCUUUCAACUCUCCAAUCUCAAAAGGCUUGAUUUGUCUUAUAAUGAUUUUUCUGGGUCGCUCAUUUCACCUAAAUUUGGUGAGCUUUCUAGUUUGAUGCAUCUUGAUUUGUUAGAUUCAAGUUUUACAGGUCUAAUCCCUGAAGAAAUAUCUCGUCUUUCUAAAUUACAAGUUCUUCGUAUCUCUAGUGACCUAUAUGAUCUUAGAUUCGGACCUCACAAUUUUAAACUGCUCCUUAAGAACUUGACCCAAUUAAGAGUGCUCGACCUUAGCGAUGUAAGCAUCUCUUCCGCUAUUCCUCUAAAUUUCUCUUCUUAUUUAACAAAUCUAGAACUUUCAUACAUGCAGAUAUACGGGAUAUUGCCUGAAAGUGUUUUUCACCUUUCCAACUUAGAAACUCUUUAUUUAUCAGAUAAUCCCCAGCUCACUGUUAGGUUUCCCACAACCAAAUGGAAUAGCAGUGCAUCACUUAUGGAGUUAGAUCUCUAUCGUGUGAAUUUUAUUGGCAAGAUACCUGAAUCAUUUAGUCAUCUAACUUCACUACGUAGAUUGACAAUAGCUUCUUGUAAUCUCUCAGGCUCUAUUCCUAAACCUCUAUGGAAUCUCACCAGCAUUGAGAAGUUGGACCUUGGUUAUAACCAUCUUGAAGGACCAAUUUCCGAUUUCUUUACAUUUGGAAAGCUCUGGUGGUUAUCACUUGGAAAAAACAACUUUGAUGGCCAGCUUGAGUUUUUAUCCUUUAACAGAAGCUGGGCGCAACUUAAAUUGCUAGAUUUUUCAUCCAAUUCCCUAACAGGUCCAAUUCCUUCUAAUGUAAGUGGUUUGCAAAACCUAGGAUCACUCAGCUUGUCAUCAAACCACUUGAAUGGGAAUAUACCAUCAUGGAUAUUCUCUCUCCCAUUACUUGGAUUGUUAGACUUGAGAGAUAACCAUUUCAAUGGAAACAUUCUGGACUUCAAGUCCAAAUCAUUGUUUCUUGUUAUUCUAAAACAAAAUAAGCUGCAAGGUCCUAUUCCAAAGUCACUCCUAAACCAGAAGCGCCUACAGUUUCUUGUCCUAUCACAAAAUAAUCUCAGUGGACAGAUCGCUUCAACAGUCUGCAAUCUGAAAACACUACAAGUGCUAGAUUUGGGCAGCAAUAAUUUGGAGGGAACAAUCCCACUAUGUUUGGGUGAGAUGAGUGAACUUUGGGCUUUAGAUUUAAGCAACAAUAGUCUUAGCGGGACAAUUAAUACUAAUUUUAGUAUAGGGACAAUUAAUACUAAUUUUAGUAUUGGAAACCAACUUAGAGUCAUCAAAUUUGAUGGGAAUAAGUUAGAGGGGAAAGUCCCGCAAUCUUUGAUCAAUUGCAAAAAUUUGGAAUUUCUUGAUUUAGGUAACAAUGAGUUGAGUGACACAUUUCCUAAAUGGUUGGGAACCCUACCUUAUUUGCAGAUUUUAAACUUGAGAUCAAAUAAGUUCUAUGGCCCUAUAAAAGAUUCAAGGAGUGACAAAUUGUUUGCUCAAAUUCUAAUCAUAGAUCUCUCAUCCAAUGUAUUUAGUGGAGAUUUACCCGUGAGACUUUUUGAGAAUUUUGAAGCCAUGAAAGUAAUUAGUGAGAACAGUGGAACCCGAGAGUAUGUAGGAGCUGUAUAUUCUCCAUAUUACACUAAUUCCAUGAUAGUGACAACAAAGGGACGGGAUCUUGAACUUCCUCAAGUUUUGACUACAGAAAUAAUUAUCGAUUUCUCAAUGAAUAGAUUUGAAGGCCAUAUUCCAAGUAUUAUUGGAGAUCUCAUUGGACUUCGUGCAUUGAACUUAUCUCGUAAUCUCUUGGAAGGUCAUAUACCAAUGUCACUACACCAAUUAUCUGUACUUGAAUCAUUGGAUCUCUCAUCCAACAAAAUCAGUGGAGAAAUUCCACACCAACUUGCAUCCCUCACAUCACUUGAAGUCUUAAAUCUCUCUCACAACCAUCUUGUUGGAUGCAUCCCCAAAGGAAAACAAUUUGAAAUGUUUGAGAACAGUUCAUACCAAGGGAAUGAUAGGUUACGUGGAUUUCCACUCUCAAAAGAUUGUGGCGGUGAUGAAGGGGUACCACAAGCAGCAACUCCAUAUGGGAUAGAUCAAGAAGAAGAAGGAGAUUCAACAAUAAUAAGUUGGCAGGUGGUUCUCAUGGGUUAUGGUUGUGGACUUGUUAUUGGACUGUCCAUAAUAUACACAAUGUUGUCAACUCAAUAUCCAGCAUGGUUUUCAAGGAUGGAUGUAGAAUUGGAACAUAAAAUUCUUACGAGAAUGAGAAGGCACAAGAAAAGACAUUAGUGUGUAACCUCCAGGAUUCAAGUCCACUGCUUUGCUGGGAUGCGAAUAAAAACUUUUGAUUUCAUAGUUUGUGAUGUUUCAUAAAGUGUUUGUGUUUUGUUUCAUAGUUUGUGAUGUUUCAUAAAG